AUGGCGGUGCCAACAUUGAAGUUGAGGUGCUUUCCCACCGCACUCCAAUUCCACUCUAACCUUCCUUCAUUCUCCACCCUCCCCCGCCCUCUCCUCUGCCACGCCGCCACCACCGCCAACAGAAACAACAAGAGGAUUUUUGUUGUUGUUAAGGUUGAUCCGGCAAACAAUCUUCCCUUGGAGUGUGUGGUUAGGAGAGAGUUCACCAGCUCUCAAGGCCACCAGUGCAUGCUGCUCUGCCCCGUCGACUUGCCUAUCCAAAUAUUGAGGAGUACUGGUGUUGGGUGGUCCGAUGUCGUUGAUGCGGAACUUGAAUCUAUCAUGCCUGCUGCUGCCUAUGCACUUGCCAAGAUACGCAUGUAUUUGGUUUACAGUGGAUACUGUUACACGGCUCGUGGUGGAUUUUGCUACUCAGAAGAGAACAUAUUUGACUUUCAUGCAGAUGGUAAAGAGGCGGAUGACUCACCAACUGAAGGUGUAGAAAUUACACAUUUCAGUCAGGAAGGGGAACACUACAUGAUUUAUACACCAUCUGAUCCACUUCUUUUUGUUGCUGUCAAGGAUCAAAAUGGGAUGUUGCAAAUUGCUGAUGAUGAACUUCUUGAGGAUCCAGCUGUCUCUAGCGCUAUAGAUGAAGAGACCGAAUUCAAUACCUUGGUGGAGGAAGAAGCUGCACUUCUUGACUCAUUGUUGGGUAAAAGAUAACCAGAAAGUAUAGUUUCCUCUGAAAUGCCACCAAAUUCUGCUAUUUCUAUUUUUUGUAUAGGAUCAAUUUUGUAUUGUGUGUAUGCAUGUGCUUUUUUAUGUCUAGUGCAGUAGUGCUAAUGUUAACAUGUAACAAUCCUUCUUGAGAUUUAGAUUUCAUUUGAUAUAAGCUUUAGCGCUUAAUGUGAUUAUUAUAAAGAUUGCAUGAUAUGGAGGCAAUGUAAUAUUGGACCAUUAUUCAAA